GAUCAUGAGAUUUUUGAUCUAGUGGAUCAGCUUACGGGGUUUGAAGGAGAGGAUGCAACAUUUUAUUCAUUACUCGGAGUAGAACCUACAGCUUCUGUAAAGGAGAUAGGCAAGGCACAUAGAAAAUUAUCACUCGCUUUACAGAAGAGAGUUUGUGUAAACGAAAAACAAUUUAUUGUUGAUAGUGAUAAUGUUUUGUUUCUCACAGAUGAAGGAGAAGAAUUUCUUUUAAGUGAAGAAGAAGUAUCCAAACCUAGUUUUGGUAAAUUAUUUCCAGUUUUGAUUUAUAAAUCUAUUUUAGGUAAAUUAAUAGCCGAGAAAAAACAAAAUAUCAAGAUGGGGGAAUCUGGUGAUUAUCAGGAGCCAUUUUCCAGCGAUGAUGAACGUAGUGAGGCUGGUGACAACCCGAGUCAAACUCGUAGACGCAAACCAGGCAGGAAAGCCAAAUCUAAGUUCUUUGAUCUUUCCAAUACCGUGAAAUAUAAAUCAUUUUCACUUGAAGAUUUUAUUCUUUUACCUAAUCAUUUCACUUCUUUUGAACAAGAAUUUCUUCUUGAUCAGUCUUUAAAAAAAUUGAAAAGAGUCUUUGGUAAACAGAUAGUUUAUCAAGAGAGUCAUUUUGAUGAUGUUAUUCAUGGUUAUAGAGAAUGUCAAGCUACUCAUUGGGGUGAUCAAAACGAUAAAGUAAUAGAAACUUUUAAUAAAAAAGUUUAUGAUCUUUUUCCGAAAACUAUCGAAUGGUUACCGGUUCAUAUUUUGGAGUUAUCUGAAACCGGUGGCAUUAAACCUCACGUUGAUAAUGUUGAG